UGAUAGUGGAAUCGAGCUCUCAAAUUUGAGGAGCAACUCAAACGGAGACGUAGCCAACUCGUUGGUGAACUUCGGGAAAAAAUUUGGUGUUUUCUAACUUAAAUCUCUCUGGUUUUUUGUGUGUGUAUGGAUGUAAAGAUCAGAUCAUUGUAGAUCUGAUCUUUUUCUGGGUUUGUGUUUGGGAUUUCUGGGUUUCUAGGGUUUGGCUUCGAGUUUCUCUUUGAGAAUCUCUCUGCUAGGGUUUCUAGCAUUUCAGAGAGAAAGGAAGGAAAUGAGAAGGUUCUCGAUCCAUUCCUAGGUUUUGUUCAAAGACAAAACGGGGUCGUUUUGGGGUUAACUUUGAAAAGUCAAAGUGAACAGGGAAAGGUCGAAAUUGACCUUAAAUUCUGAUUUGUUUGUUUUGUUGGUGUAGGGUCAAGAUAGUAAAUUUAUAUCUUAAAUUUCCUACAUGUACAAAUGUUGAUUGGGCCGGCCCACAGUUUUUUUGUAAUAUUUUACCUUUUUUGAAAUUUUCUUAUUUUUUUCCCAUUAAAGAAUGUGUAUUUAUGAAGAAUAAAACUACCAAGUGUAAUAUGGUGUAUUAUUCAAAAGAACAAUGUAAUAUGGUGUAAAAAGAAAAAAAAAACGUUUCUACAUAUAAUAAUAAAAAUAAAGAAGAAGAUGAAAAAGUUAAGAGGGCAUCAAACGUCUCUUUUAUAUAUAGUAAUAAUAGAUGCAAUCAGUUUUAUUUAUGUACCCGAUUUAUGAGGUGAUUCACGUUCUGUAUUCUCUAAUUAAGAAAGGCCAAAGCAAAUCUUCAUUGCAAAUGGCAAGACAACAAGCCUUGAUGAAGUAAAUUUAAUAUUUCCAUUCGGAAUAUAAUAUAAUAAUAAGAAAAAAGAAAAACCAAAGAAAAUUUGAACCAUCCAAUUUACUUGCUAUUAAUAAAUGGUGAUUUCAUUCACAAGAAAAUUGGAGAAAAAGUCAUUUUACCAUUCCCAAAAUACUGAUCCGUCUCCAUCAACUGGCGGCGCCACCCAUCAACGCUACGGCCACCUUCACCUUCAUCUCCACUUUCCAAAGACUGGUGUGUGCCUUUAAUGGAAAGAACAUCUCCAUUAUUGACAAAUAUAAUCGUCUACGUCUAGCCAUAAAGAAACGGCUAACGCUAAAAGGGAAACACUCUGUUAUUAUAUAGUUAUGAAGGUAGGCCAUGGCGGCCAUCGUUAAGGAGAUUUUGGCUAGGCCAAUACAAUUAGCGGACCAAGUGACCAAGGCUGCAGAAGAUGCCCAAUCAUUCAAACAGGACUGCUUCGAGCUUAAGUCCAAAACAGAGAAGUUGGCUGCUCUCCUACGCCAGGCAGCGAGAGCCAGCAACGACCUCUACGAGCGCCCCACUCGGCGCAUUAUUGAUGAUACAGAGCAAGUACUCGACAAGGCACUCACCCUUGUCAUAAAGUGUCGAGCCAAUGGCAUAAUGAAGCGUGUCUUCACCAUAAUCCCCACUGCGGCCUUCAGAAAAACGUCCACCCAGCUCGAGAAUUCAAUCGGGGAUGUCUCUUGGCUCCUUCGGGUUUCUGCCUCUGCCUGCGAUCGAGACGACGAGUACCUAGGCUUACCCCCAAUUGCUGCCAAUGAGCCAAUCCUAUGCCUAAUAUGGGAACAGAUAGCAAUUCUUUACACGGGGUCAUUGGAAGAACGAUCGGAUGCUGCUGCUUCGUUGGCGUCGUUGGCUAAAGACAAUGAACGGUACGGUAAGCUUAUUAUUGAGGAAGGUGGGGUGGCGCCACUUCUGAAAUUGGCAAAAGAAGGCCGAAUGGAAGGCCAGGAGAAUGCUGCCACGGCAAUUGGGCGUCUGGGGCGUGACCCGGAAAGCGUUGAACACAUUGUGAAUGCUGGAGUUUGUAAUGUGUUUGCGAAAAUCCUUAAAGAAGGUCACAUGAAGGUUCAGGUACUAGUUGCUUGGGCAGUCUCAGAAUUGGCAGGGAAUCAUCCCAAAUGUCAAGACCAUUUUGCUCAAAACAACGCAAUUCGGCUUCUUGUUAGCCAUCUGGCUUUCGAGACCAUUCAAGAGCAUAGUAAGUAUGCCAUUGCCACUAAACAACAGAUGUCCAUACAUUCGGUGGUAAUGGCAAGUAAUAACAAUAAUCAAGAACCCAACUCCAACCCUAACCCCAACACCAACAAGAAAGAGACUGAAGACGAAGCUAGUCAUGUGUCCCACCCGAUGGGGAAUCAAACUCCAAGCCAGAUGCACAAUGUAGUCACCAACACUAUGGCCAUGAGAAAUAAUGCUAAUAGUACUCCAAAUCAACCAAAGCAGCAGCAACAACAUCAACCACAGAUGCCUCCUCAUAAUAGUCACUCACACCAAGGAAAAGGGAGUCAAGGUUCGGGCAACGCUAAGCAACACCACCACCACACGCCAGUCUCAUUAGCAGGGGCUAGUAUCAAGGGGAGGGAAUUCGAAGACCCUGCAACCAAGGCUGAGAUGAAAGCAAUGGCAGCCAGAGCACUGUGGAAACUCUCAAAGGGAAAUGUUGUCGUUUGCCGCAGCAUAACAGAGUCUAGAGCCCUUUUAUGCUUUGCGGUACUACUCGAAAAGGGACAAGAGGAUGUUCAAUUGUAUUCAGCUAAAGCAUUGAUGGAAAUCACAGCCGUAGCAGAGCAAAACUCUGAUCUAAGACGCUCUGCUUUUAAGCCCACUUCGCCUGCUGCAAAAGCAGUGGUGGAACAACUUCUUAAAAUCAUUGAAAAGGCCGAUUCAGAACUACUCACUCCUUGUAUCAAAGCCAUUGGUAACUUAGCUAGGACUUUCAGGGCCACAGAGACCAGAAUAAUUGGACCUUUAGUUAAGUUACUAGAUGAAAGAGAUCCGGACACUACUAUGGAGGCUGUGAUUGCUCUGAAUAAGUUUGCUUGUACAGAAAACUUUCUUCAUGUUAAUCACUGCAAGGCAAUAAUAGAUGGAGGAGGGACUAAGCAUUUGAUACAGUUGGUUUAUUUUGGAGAACAAAUGAUUCAAAUACCAGCCUUGAUUCUUUUGUGUUUCAUUGCUUUACAUGUUCCUGAUAGUGAGGUUCUUGCUCAAGAAGAAGUGCUUAUAGUUCUUGAAUGGUCUACGAAGCAGGGUCAUUUGGUUGAGGAGCCUGUCAUGGAAGCUCUGUUACCUGAAGCCAAAAGUAGAUUGGAACUUUAUCAGUCUAGAGGUUCAAGAGGUUUCCAUUGAUCAUUAUAACUCAACAACAGUUUGUACAAGAUUUUUUUUUUUUUUGUUAAUUUCAACUAGUUUUACUUUUCCUUCUUUUGUGAUUUAAUUUCUAAACUCUUUAAUAUAAGAAAGAAAGUACAUAAUUAGUCUACCUAUUUAUAAAUGCUAUAUUAGAUGUGGCUAGUGUUAUUUUUUUUUUAAAAAAAAUACAAUUUAAAUUUACAAUCA